AUGCCCCCCGGCGUCCUCUGGGUCUCUUCCCGCAUCCUCCCCUCCGCUCCAACCCUAGCCCCCCAAUCCUUCUGCACAUGGUACGAAGAAACGCACAUCCAAGAAGUCACCUCUCUGCCCGGCGUGCCCCGCGCCGCCCGCUACGAAGCCCUAUCCCCACAGCCCUCACCCACCACUUGGUCCAGCCUCGUGCCCUGGCUCACGGUCUACGAGAUGCCAGACGUUGACUACCGCAGCACGGAAGAGUUCAAAGAGCUGGAUGGGCAGAGUCGACCUGGCCAGGAGUUGCUCGAGGGCGUGUUUCGGCAGGCGAGGUUCGAUACGAGGUUUUGUGAGGAGGUGCAGUGGUUUGAGAAUCCUGUGUCUAGUGCUGCAGGAGAUGGUGAGACGAGUGAGGAGGUGAAGAAAAAGACGGAGGGGCCGGCGAAGUUUCUCAUAUCAGCGGCUCUGCAGCCUGCGGAUGGGGAACCCGCACACGCGGAUUUCGACAGGUGGUACCGCGAAGAGCAUCUUGCGUUCUUCACGCGGGCGCCUGGGUACCGGCGCUCGAGGCGGUAUAGGGUUGUUGACGCGACGGCGCUGGAUGGGUUCGAGAGGAUUAGGCCUGAGGUCCCGUGUUAUCUUGCGUUACAUGAGUUCGAUGGGGAGGAGUUGCCUUGGGGGGUUCUGAGGGAGAGUGCGGAGACGGAGUGGGCGAGGAGGGUUAUGGGGGGUUUGGUUAGGGAGGAGGUGGGGUGGUAUCGGUUGAAGAGGAGGUAUGGGGAGUGGUAG